AUGCUUCACAGCCGGCAAUAGCAAUUUGCAGCUGCUCAUUCUACAAGACACCCAGCUCAUCAAUUGUACAACUAAUGCUUUUGGACCCGUUUUCAUACAUGCCCACUUUCUGAAAUCCACUCAAACUUUAUCCAACCUGUAAUCCCAAUCACUUUAUGCUGUCAACACUCUGUGACCAACCCCUCUCGUGGUUGGAUUCAAUAUAUAACUCCAAAUGCCCGCUUUGUCAUCUUCAUAGAUAACAGAAAGCGUUGGGUUUAUGUUCUUCAACAAGGCAAAUUACUGCUGUAUUUGAGACCUGGAAUACAGAGAAUGCACAGUAACCCUAGCUUGUGAAGGCUUGUUUAAGUGUUGCAGGGAAUGGUGUGGAAGAAAAUCUCAGCAAAGCUGCAUUCUGUUUGCUCUUCUAUGUAGGAGUGGGUGAAGAAUAGGCCUCAUUGUGUUGGGGUCUGGUAGUGGGUAUUGUAGGGAAUGCAGUAAGAGAAGUUCUGCAGUCAUAAAGCCUGUUGCUGUUUGUAUCAAGGUUCCUAUCUGAGCAUUACAAGGAAUUGGGUUUUUGAUUUUGCAGGGAAUGUGUUGAAAAUCCAACACCAACCAGAUCAUUAGGCCAAUACCAACUGUUGAAGGCAUUUCAAGUCAUUGGGCCUGUUCCUGCUGUUUCGAGGUUUUUAGAGGGAAUCAGAAGCUUUGCUAUUGCAGGGAAUGCACUUGAGUCCUAAGAAACUUUGUGUUUUGUUCAUAAAGAUGGGAUUUUGAAUAUACUAUCAUAACAGACGCAUAUUGGGUGCUGCAGGGAAUGCAUUGAGAGAUUAAGAAGAGUAUAUUUUCAUAAUGGAUCCUUGCUCGUUUGUGAAGGUCUUGGUAGGAGGUCUGGCAUUGAGGAUCCCAGUGGCAUCCAAGCCCACCAAAACAGGAGUACAUCCUACUGCUUCUCCAUGCUUCUGUGAAUUCAAGCUGCACAAUUUUCCUCUGCAAACUGCAGUUGUUCCCCUGAUUUCUCCGAGGUCAUCUGAUCCUGAUGUUCAUAAUAUAUCAGCCAGCUUUCAUCUUGAAGAAAAUGAGGUGAAAAAGCUGUCUUCUUCAUCUUCUCCAUCCUGCUUAGGGUCCUCAAAACCCUUGUUGGAUAUUGCUGUUUAUACAGGAAGACAAGGAUCCACUUGUGGUGUGGCUUUGGGGAAGCUCUUGGGGAAAUUCAGUGUCCCUGUGGAUCUAGAGGGGGCUAAUGAGAAGGCCAUUGUUUUCCACACUGGCUGGGUUUCAAUAGGGAAAUCUAAACUGGACGGUGCUCAACUGCAUCUGAAUGUCAGAGCAGAACCAGAUCUUCGCUACGUGUUUCAGUUUGAUGGAGAAGUUGCAUCCAGCCCUCAGAUUCUCCAAAUUCAAGGCAGUAUUAGACAGCCAAUUUUUAGCUGCAAGUUCACCUGUGACAGAAGCUCUAGGUCACGAUCAUUGCAACAUGAAACUUCCAAGAAGAAAGGCUGGACUUGUUCAUUUGGAAGCGAUAGAGAACAAGAUCGGAGAGAGCGCAAAGGAUGGCUUGUAAUGAUUCAUGAUCUUUCUGGCUCUCCUGUUGCAGCUGCAUCUAUGGUCACUCCCUUUGUUCCCUCUCCUGGUUCUGAUCGGGUAAGCCACUCAAAUCCUGGUGCCUGGCUCAUCCUCAGACCUGAUCAUAGGGGUGAGGACAGUUGGAUCCCUUGGGGCCGCUUGGAAGCAUGGAGAGAGCGAGGUGCCAGUGGUGGAUUAGGGUGUAAAUUUGAGCUCAUGGCAGAGGGGGGUGGUUUGGCUGGGAUGGGUAAUGGACUGUUGCUAGCAGAAUCAGUAAUCAGUUCAACAAAGGGUGGCAAAUUUCUUAUAGACACUGGUCAUGGCAAGGCAGCAGGUACUCCUAUUGCUAACUCCCCUGUUUCAACCCCUCGCAGCAGUGGAGAUUUUAAUUUCAGCACAUGGCCAUUUCCUGCUUAUGGAGGCUUUGUGAUGAGCUCUACUGUUCAAGGAGAAAGAAAAUGCAGUAAACCUGUUGUCCAACUAGCCAUGAGACAUGUGACCUGUAUGGAGGAUGCUGCAGUGUUUGUGGCCUUGUCAGCAGCAGUGGAUCUAAGUAGGGAUGCAUGUCAACUGUUUACCCGAAAGUUAAAGAAAGAGUUGUGUCACCAGAAUAGCAGAUCAUACUGUUAAAGAAUAGUCUCCGUCAAUGCCAUAAACAGGACCACCCUCAACAAGGAAUUGAGAUCAUACUGUUGGAGGUCAAAGUUUGCAGAAUGUGGAAAUCUUCCUUCAGAACAUUGGCUUUAGAGGCGAGUACAUAUGAAAUCCACUACAGUUAAGGUGUGGCAGCACAGCUGGGUUGCAUUUAGAUUUUGGGAUUUUCAGUGCUGGAGUAAAGCAAAUUGCUUGUUUGCAUUUAUUCUGAGUAUAACUUAUCUCAGAUUAUGAGUUUGUGACCUUAACAGAUCGCGAUGGUGAUGUUUUUUGUGGUGUGUCUUUAGCUUAAAAUCAACAAUUUGCUUCAGUGACAACUUUUUGUGGGACAUAUUUUUUGACCGAUUAGUGAUGGGCAACAAUCAUACAGAAAUCCAAUCUUAGCUUCUCCAAGAUAUUACUUUGUCACAACCCAUGGGGUUUUUCAUGUACAAAGACGGGCUCUUAUUCCUCUCAGAGGAAAAUGAGAGUUGUUCAUCUUUUUUAAACUAACAGAGUGUUAACAUACAAAAGAUUAGAGAAAUAUUCAUGAUUAAAAUUUCAUUGAA